GUGGCGCCUCAGUUUGCUCGCGCUGCCCGCGCAGCUCACUCGUACGUUGGCUCUCGCGCGCUGUGCGAAUAAAUAAUCGACUUUCCGAAACGAAUUUGGAACGUUUUGUACCGGUAAUGUCGGUUUAACUGCCGCUUUUGAACGGCGCGUGUCUGUUUGACCGUCUACAAUUCGCAUUGUGAGUCCAAGGAGACGUUCUUCACUUUGUUAAGUUGGUGUCUUAACGUCUGUGAGGAAACGUGUGUACCUCUUCCUGUCCUGUGGUAUUUGCGGGCAUAGUGUCUACUCAGUGCAGUGGAAUGUGAGCAAUGAGUUUGUGGAAGUGUUAAGUUUGCUAAUUCAAACUGAUCACAAAGAGUCCAUUUCGUGAUUGGGUUUAUUCAUCUGGAGCACACCGUAUGGCCCUUUCUCAUUCGCUAAAUGGAGCGGAUCAGUAAAACAUAAUAAACACAACGAGAAGGCGAGGAGACAAAAAGAACACAAAAUGUGACCACCGACCGAUGCACCCAAAGCAAAACAGACAACACAAUCUUCAUAUUCAUGAGUCUUGCCUCAAGAUUACGUGAUUAAGAGCACACUAUUUAUUAUUAUAUUUAACUUUAUAACAUAACGAAUCUAGUCGCCGUAGUUCUUUUAAAACGAAGCAAUUUAGACAUUAAUAAAGAGAUUGAAGAGAAUUAGUACAAAGAGAAGAUACAGUACAAAGGACAACGGGAAAGCCUAAUGUUGAUUUAAGAUAAUAUAAAUUGAUUGUAUUAGAAAGUUCCCGAAGAUAACAGUCAAGAUGUCCACAAGCUACGAGAACUCUGCAAGUGUAUUGAAGAGCAGUUUCUCGUUGUCGUCGCUCCGGACUGCGCCCGCGCCGUGUUGCGGCACCGGCGACCAGCUGGAGCGACCAUACCACAGUCUCACUAAGAAGAGGAAGGAGCCAUGCAGGGAGGCGUGGCGCCGCAGCUGGGGCAGCGCGGCGAGCGGAGGCAGCGCCGUUGACGACCUGUGGCCGCUGCUGCAGCACCACUACGAGUACAUCAUGGACAACCAGAUCAUCGACACUUGUAAGGAAGCAAAUGGCGAGCUGUCCAACAACUCGUCAUCCCUGCAGACCAGUCCACGCCUCCUCAACCCGACGGCCGGCUUCAACAGGCAGUGGUCGCUGAGUCAGCUCAUCUCGGAGUUCAGUGAACUCUGCCGGUGGCUGACGCACGUGCAAGAGGAGAUAUAUUCUAGUCCCGAGAACUUGGCCAGCAGGAAGUUGAGAAUGAACCGGAUGUCGGAGUUGGUGUCGGUGGAGCCUCGUCGUUCCAAGUUCAUCGAGCAAGCGACAGCCAUACUGGAUAGAAUUCCAGAAGCUGCGGCGGAGGUGACGUGGCGAACAGAACACCUGAACGUGAAGUGGGAGAGUCUGCGGCUGUUGCUGAGUCCGGACCAACUGAGCCGGGACGGGGAAUGUUCCGACACUGUCGACCCGGCGCACGAGCUGCGUUGCCUGCGGCGCUGGCUGCACAGCAUGGAGGGCCGCCUGCCGCCGCCGGCGCUGGGCGCGGCGCGCGCGGCGCCCUACCACGAGCUCAUGCGCAAGCUGAACGAACAUCAGGUAUUGCAACGGGACGUGGAAUGCCACGGGCGGAUCGUGAGCUCGGUGGUGCGGCUGUGCGGCGGCGGCGACGUGGCGCGCGCGCUGGAGCGGCGCUGGCACCUGCUGUACCUGCGGGCCAUCGAGUGGCAGUGCCACCUGGAGGCGUGCCUCGCCAAGACUGACAACCAGAAUUGCCUGCCAGUGGAAGCCGCGAGCGAUAGUGACGACGAGCCAGCGCUGAAGCAGCCGCGACUCAGCCGACGCGGCUCCCCGCGCCGACAACGCACGCCGGUCAAUGCAAGACACAGGGACAGCUCAGAGGACAGUCGACAGUCUGCCUCCGAGGAGGAACAAGAAUAUGCAGUAACAUACACGUGGCGCGGCUUCGGAUCGGACUGCGAGUCAGAGUUGGUGCGGCAUCGCGAGGACAAGAUGGCUGACGAGAGGCGCGUGCCCUCCGUGGAGGAUGUCGACCCUCGGCAGACUGACCAGACCGUACCCGCUACAGAGGAUCAAAUUGAUGGUAUGAACAGACGCGAAACCAAACUAGAAGAAAUUCCAAAAGAAAUAAUUAAAACACCACCGACUGUAGUUAAAAGAAAGAAACCAGUAGAUACCUCAAGAUUUAAUCAGUCGGAUAGGAAAUCGAAAAAUUGUGCCACAUUUUACUUUAGACACCACGACACGGAUUCGGAUAGGCAAAUGAUCGAAACGGACGAAAAGUCACAGGAGGAAUCAUCUGAAGAAGAAUGGACAUACGUGAACGGACCGAAAAUCGCAAACGAGGAUUCCACUGACAUAAUGACUUCAUCUGUCGAGAUUCAAUGCGAACUGCCAAUUGACGAAAAGAAAGACAGACCUCCAUCACCGAAACCGAAAUUGGAAUCGUCCACUCCCGAUCUUAUUCGUGUCGACCAAAACUCCAGGUGUAAAGAUAUAGAAAGGCUCGUGAUCCAGGCAGAAGAGUUAGUACAGAAACAUGCGCAACAACAAAUGGCGAAGAAAAAAGGUACAAGAAACUUGAAGCCGCUUAUGUUUGACGAAGACGGGAAAUCGGUCAGUCGUGCGAAAAUGUCACGGAUAAAGGAAUGGUUAAAUCAGAGCACGGACGACAAAAUUGAGAACAAUCAGGGUACGGAGAGCUAUGAUGCAUCUGGCGAAUACACAACAGAGAGCGAAGUCGACACAUCUUUAACAUCGGAAGAGAGGAACAUACAUUCUUCAAUGGACAUGAGCACGUCGACUUGUACCGUCACACCGACCCAUCACGCUAAGGUGACACUGCGGAAGAAACGCAACGGCACCAGCGCUCGGCCGUGGUCCGUGUCUUGCCUGUCACAACUCAGCGGCGCGGGGACCUCUCUCACGGCCACGCCCACAACAGAGUCCAUGCACAACAACAUGUCCAUAUCGGAGUCAGCGCUAAACACUUUGGCGUCACCCGCUAGAGUCACCCCGGGGAACUCCAGUUCAAAGUUGCGAGGAAGUUCUACUACUGUACAGGGUCACGUAUCGAGCACAAACACAAUGACGGAGGCGUGCACGUCCUGUGUGGAGGCCAACGACAAACAGUGCUGGCUGCGACGGAAGAGGCUCAAACUUCGUCGCCACAACAACACCAACACGAGGAGAGAACGACUGGUGAAGUCACUCUCCUUCUGUGGCCGACUCAGUCCGGAGAUCGAGGACAAACAUGAGAGGAGCGCUGCUAGCGACCCGGCUACUAGUAGGAAAAAUAGGUUCGACACUACUUCAACGUCUGGAAAUGACAGCGAUGAGGGACUAAUCAAGCAACAAUUGGCGACCAUAGCAAACCUGCGGAGAAGCAUUGAGAAAACACACAUAUCAAAUAAAGAACCCGACAGUGCCAUCCCUGAACAAAACGAAUCGGAACUAACUAUCCCUAGCUUUAAAUUGGGCCCUGAAGGUGGAACCGUGAGGCCAAGACUCACUCGGAGUAUGGAAAGGGAGAGGACGUUUUUGGCCUUGAGUUUGGGAAACCCGAGCCAAAUGUGGGACGUCUGCUUGGACAAGGACUCCGAUAAAAGUGUCACAGCUGGAACAGAGGAACACAGUUCAUUCUCUGAACAAGCUUGGGAUUUCUAUCAGGAAAAAUAUAACUCGGAGCCAUAUUCGGAAGCGCCAGACUCGGACGCCGCUCGCCGUCUUUUAGAAUUUGGGGACGAUUACAGAGCAUUCCUAGAUUCACAAUCGGACUGUUGCUCAAGCUUAUCAGCUCAGCCGGAAAACGACCAAAGCCCAAGUGGAACACGCAGAAGAAGACCACCCUCAGACGUCUCUAGAGAACGCAGCCUGCCUCGAUACAAGAGACCGACGAGAACAUCUCCAGUGGAGACUCCCUCCCGAAAGCCCAAAAAAUCAAUGUCGAGCGCUGAACGCAAAAAGAACCUCCUCGACAGUCUGGAGAGGUCCCGCAACAACACCAGCAUAGAAAGCAACGACGGCGUCCGAAGACGCAAACCCUCCGAAAGCGAAAGAAAGAACAGCAAACGCUCCCCCGAAUUCGAUCUCCUCAACAUCCAAGCGUUGAGCCGCAGACGUCACAGCUCAAAUCUGACAAGCGACGAAGUCAACAGUUCGCUGGAAUACACCGAAGUCAACAACCGACCGGACAUACUGGACUCGUUGAGUAGACGACGCAAGGAGAAAGACGGGGAGAGCGAGUUGCAAAAAGUCGCGCUUUCGGAAAUGCGUAGACGUUCAACGGGGAGCGCGGACUCGGAAGGGGAGUCCUCGUCGCCGAAGCACAGCCGGAGGAAUUGGGGAGACUCAGACUCGGAGUCUGAAGAGGUGCGGUCGCUGGUGCGCCGCUCGAGCACGCAACUGGAAGUGACGGAGGCGCUGAUGGCGCGCCACGACGCGUCGCCCGACAUCCUGCGCGCGUUCGACUACACGGAGGUGGUGACCCGAUGCAGGGAAAACAUCAACCUAUUGGACGUGGCCCUUACCGAGGGGACCCUCUCUCCUGCCCUGCAGAGAGACGUUAGAGCUGUGUCAGCAAGAUGGUCGGCGUUGCGAGCGGCCGCCAUACGGCGCGGCAGCGCGCGUCGUCUGCGGCGCGAGAUCGCAGCGCUACGGGAGACCCUUGACGAUGUCUGCGAGCCUGGUGACUGCGCGCCGCAACCGCACACCAGGGCACAGCUGAACAGGAGGAUCGAGGAGCUCAAGGAGCGUCUCUCCCGCCUGCUGGAGUGCAAGGUGUCGAUGCUGAAGCUGACGGUGUCGGUGCGGCGCGCGCUGGGCGAGCUGGAGUCGGACGACAGCGGGCUCACCGCCGACCUCACCGCGCUGCUGGCCGCCUGGGACGACGCGCACCAACGCACAUCAAACGAGCUGCUGUCACUAGAGAAGGCGGUAUGCGCGUGGGCCGAGUGGGAGAGCGCGCUACGCGAGCUACAGGGCGCCUUGCGCGGGGACCUUGCCACGCUUCAAGCGCUGCACGACCGCGGCACAGCGCUGGCGGACCACUCUGAGCUGGCCGCGCAUAUCAGACAACUCGCUGCAUCGCUUCUGGAUAAGAAAAAGGGUGGGUCGACAUGUGACUCGCUAUCGGACUCGGGUAUAUCGGAUGGCGACAGCGAAGGCGCCGGUUGCCGCGCGCGUCGCCUCAGCGCACUGCGAGAGCUCGCGCAGCGUCUUCAGGCCGCGCUGGCGCCUAACUCACCUGCACACCGGGCCAUUGCCAAGCGCAUGGAACAAACCGAGAACGAGGUGAAAACUUUGCAAGAGUCGUGUCGAGCGCUCGUCGAACAGAGCAUCCCGGACUUGAAGAUAGACGAUGUGACGAGCGACCACGUGGUCGCCGUGUCGAAAAGCAAGACCGGCUCGGGUGACCCCGACUACAACCCGCGCAGUGGGUGGGUGUGGCGCGUGCUGCGCUCCUCCAUACCCAUCCAGCUGUGUCUGGUCGCGCUGCUGCUGGCCGCCUGGCUGGUCGAGCGGCCGAGGUGCUGCGACGCGCUCAACUCGCUCGCCCAGACCCUGACCCCGCAGCUGCGCUACGUCAGGGGGCCGCCGCCGGUGUGAACGCCCCUUCACAACACCCCCUGUGUACAUUGAUGACAGCUGUCAAUGUGACAGCUAAUGUUGUUCCACUAUACCGGUAUGUUGUAUAUCGAUAUGUUAUUGUUGUGUUUAUCGGUAAGUCUAUGUCGGGCCGAUGAUGAUUUGUACAUAAUAAUAUGUCAAGUAUUGAUUUAGUAGGAGACGUGGCUUUUGCGUUAUUUUAAGCUAGUCGAACGACUAAAUGACAGCUGUCAAUGUGACAGUUACAUAAGUACAUAUCGGUAAGUGUCUAUUGAAUAGAAGCAUGCGUUACUUUUAGGUCACUGGCUGGUCGAGCGAUUGCGGUCAAGUCGUAAUGACAUGUAAAACACAAUGUCAACGUGUCAGUUAAAUUUGUUAUAUAAUAUAUAACUUGCCUGCAAGUGUUUGUAAUGUGAAUUAUAAAUAUGACUAUUAGGUGUUAUGUUGCUAAGGUUCACAAUGUACGAUGAAUGAUAAUAAUUAAUUAAUUUUGCUUGUUCCGCGAAAGCUUUCCUUAGAAAGAUUCGAUAUUCUUUUACCAACUAAUUAGUGAUGGCGCAUAAUAUAGCAAAAUAAAUUGAUUAUUCAUUGCAAAUAUGUUAACUAUAAUUAUGGUAUUGUCAUUUUUUUCAUACAUUUCUAUGUAUCGAUAAGUAUAUUGAAACGUCGAUUUAUCAUUUACAAAUUACGUAUUAAAUUACGUACGCAUAUGGACGGUAUCUUAACUAAUUAAGUUAAGUAGUAAAUUUAAAAGAUCUGUCAAAAAGUCGUCAUAUGUAGGCGUUAUCGUUACUAAUGUAUCGAUAGAUUUUUAAAAAAGACUUGGAAUUGCAACGUGUAUUACACACUUAACGUGUGAUGACAAAAAAUAUCGAUAUAAUAUCAUAUCAUAUCACUGUGAUAUCUAUAUAUUAUAUUCGAUUAAUAUCACGUGACUUUUACGAUUUUGUCGAUUUAUUAUAUUGGCAUUGGCCAAGAGUACUUCAGCUAUGCUGAUUUGAAUGAUUUUACUUAAUGGAGCGAAGAAUUUUAUAAUGUAUGGACAAUGACAUAUAUCAUAUAGAUGGAUUAGACGGUUUUGAUAUUUGAAAUAUAAAAUAUGUAAUCGAAACCUUUGACUAAUCUAUUUAUUGAUAUUGAAACCUGUUUAAAGUGAAGGCCUAGAAAGGUGGUUUUGCUAGAACAAUAAACUAUAAAUAAUGUUCGAACGCGAAUGAGGAAUAUGUUUAUCACUUAGCGUGAGUCUUUUUAUUUUAAGGUUGUGACAGUUGUAACAUCAAUUUAGUGUUGUGCUAUUAUUUUAUUUUAUCGAUUAUAUUUUUUGCGGUAAAUUAGAGUACACGGUUCGGUUUCGGAGGUUUAGUUCAUACUAAAAAAAAAAAGGAAUGAACAAUGAGACACUUGUGUGUGUGGUAGUGGACUAAAAUUUUUGAAGUUAUUUAGAAAUAAAAAUAACUAUAAAAAAGUAUUCUAACAUCAAUUUGAGUAUUAAUUAGGACGAGGUGUGGUGUUAUUUAAAAACAUUUUUCUACAAUAUGUAGCUUAUUUAUAGGUACCUAAUUAUAAUUCGUGCAUUUUAUUAGGACCAGGCUUAAUAUUAGAGAAAUUGCUCACAGCAAAAGUUCAAAUAUUCAAACGGAAAAGCGUUCCCAAAAUAAUAUCAUCUGUAUCAGAUGAAGUUCAAAUUAGUUGUUUUGUUUUAGUAAUAAUUUACUAACAAUUGACAUUAUUAAUAAGUUUCUAAGUAUACCUAUUUUUAGUACAAUUAAUAAAUAGGUUACUACUUGAUAAGAGUGUGUUUGCGCUUUGUACGGUCGAAGUUUUUUUGAUGUUUCAUGUACCUUCUUAACUUUAUGACUAAGUAAACUUUUCUUCUCCUAUUUUAGCAUUAAAAUUGUCUCGAACCAGUAAACUAUUACGUACGCAGUAUGAAAAUAAAUUAUUAAUGUCAAUAAAAAUAAAAUAAAUAAUGUUCACUAAAGUUAACUAUAAAAUAGUUAAAGAUAAAGUUAUAUAUUAAUAAUUAACGACAUAUAUAUUUAUAAUGCGACCAAUUUUAAUGCUAAAAAAGUAUAUAACUACUAAUAUUUUUAUUUUAUUUGUGAGCACUUUCAGAGGCAUUCAGUAUUUUAUCAGAAUGUUUAAAAAUUUUCUAGUAUUUUUAUAUAAGUCAUAUACAUAUAUCUAAAUCCUCUUUAUAUGCCUUAUUAGAUACAUAUAUACAUAUAUCAUAUCUUUAAAUAAAUAAGCUACACAUCUCAUACUUGCAUAUCGGGUUGUUAAGUAAGUUCAAUCCUGUUUGAAAAGCUCUUCUUGACUGGAAAAUUAUUUGAAUUUCCAUUUAAAAUAAUUUAUAAUAAUAAUAUAUACGAUAUAUAAACGAUAAACCGUCUGUUUCUUUUGCUAAAUAUAUAAUAAUAAAUCAUUAUUCUCAUUCACUUCCUUAUUUAUAAAAAAAAGUUAAAACAAAUAACAAAACUGUUUAUAUUACAGAACCUGCUUCUUUUUUAAAGUCGGUUAAGAAGAGCUAUUGUUCAAUAAAAAGUUUUGAAAGAGAUAAAAAGCUACCUAUAAUAAAAAUAAAUAUUACCUAAAUUUUCAAUUUAAAUAUGACAUUCGACAAAAUUCGACAUGUCUAUCACUUAGUGUGAUUGAUUAAAUUGUAAUUUUUAAUUUAAAAUGCAUUAAAUUCAAUUCAAUGUGUAAAAAUCAAAUAAUUGCUAUAACAACCCUCUCUCAACUGUGUCAUUUUAGAAAAUAAUUAUGUAGUACAUCAUACACUAAGACAGAAGACUGAUAACAUGAAAGUAUGACAUUGCUUUUAUAUAAUAUUUAUAUUAUAAAUUCUAUUAAUAUUUUCGAGCACUUUAAUUAUUUUAAUUGAUAUUCUCUUUAUUGUUUGUAAUGGAUGACUUUUCUUGUUUUACUUUUACAAAACAAACUAUUUAUUACGUAAAAUGUUGGCGUACGUAAAAUCAAUGCGAUAGAUUUUAUACACUUUGAUCAUUGUAGAUUUAAUUUUUUAUCGUACUACCCUAAAAUAUCUGGACCUAUAGAUAACAUAAAAGAUAUCUAUUAUAAAAUGUGACAAAACUAGAUUAUAUUUUAAAUUUUUAGACAUUUAUUAUAUUAUUUAUUUUAACUACUUAAUUCGUGAACGUGGUGCCUUAAUAAAAAUUACAACUUAACAUGUCUGUUAUAAAAAUAAAAUCUACAAUGUGACAGUGCUUAAAAUUAAAAAAAUAUAUCUACUUCAUAACUACGUCAUGUUACCUUUAUUUAUUAAUUUUGUAUGCGAAUAUUAUUGUAAUGAAUAUUAUUAUUAAUGUUUUCAAUGAUAUAAUAUAAUAUGAUGAAUAUAAUUCUUUAUAUAUUAUAUUAUGUAUCGAUUUUGUUAUCGUUGAUUUAUAUACGACUACGUAUUGUCAACCGUAUUAUGUUUUGAUUCAAAUAAUGCAUGUUAUGUCUGUAUUAGGUUUUCUUCUAAGUUUUUAUAGUGUAAGUGACAUUUUUGCGGUAAAAUUAAUGUAUAAAAUAUAUUUUAUUAUUAAUACAGAGUAGUAUUAGUAUAUAGGUAAUAUUGUAGAAUUAAUUUUGCCGUAUAGAAAAGGAUAGAAAAUGGAGGAACAUUUUUUAGGUGUAGUAACACUGAAUAAAUUUUCCCGCCAAAUAAAUCAAUUUGUAAUACUUAGGUACAUAAAUUGAGUAUUUAAUUUUAAACUAAAGUUACAUUAACACGAUAUGGGUAUAAUUUCUUUAGGCAAAAGGAAUAAGUUAUAAAUUUAAAAAAAAAUAUUAUUGCGAGGACAUUUGGUCAUCCCUAUAAAUUUUUUUUUUUUCAAUACGUAUUUGUUCCCUGCAAGAAGGGGGAGUCUUUUGCCGCCUAACAUUUUUUUUCCAUUUUACUUAAUAAUUAUCUAUGGUCCAUAGAUUGUACUGUAUUCACGAUACUUUUGAAUAAUAAAAAAGAAGAAUUACUGUUUAUUGACCUUCCUAGAUAAGAUCGUGAAGAUUGCCUUUAUUUUGUGUCAUAUUUCCUGUAACUAUCUAAUUUAGUUUUAAAAUAAAAUAAAAAAGGUUUGAAUGAGACAUGUUAUGAUCGUGCAUUUAAUUUUUUUUCAUAAUAUAACGGAAGGGAGCAUAAUAUAGGUUGCAUAACAUCAUGUUGGAUUUUUGAAUUGAAAGUAAUAAAAAAUAAAAAAAGUUUUUGAAUA